AUGAAGUACGUUGUUGUUUCCGGUGGUGUCAUCUCCGGUAUUGGGAAGGGUGUGCUAGCGUCGUCCACGGGGAUGCUGUUGAAGACGCUCGGCUUGAAAGUGACUUCGAUCAAGAUCGACCCGUACAUGAACAUUGAUGCUGGGACGAUGUCCCCCCUGGAGCACGGUGAGUGUUUUGUGUUGAACGACGGUGGGGAGACAGACCUGGACUUGGGGAACUACGAGCGGUACUUGAACGUGACCCUGACCCGCGACCACAACAUUACCACGGGGAAGAUCUACUCGCACGUGAUCGCGAGAGAGCGUAAAGGUGACUACUUGGGGAAGACCGUGCAGAUUGUCCCACACUUGACGAAUGCGAUCCAGGACUGGAUUGAGCGUGUCGCGAAGGUUCCUGUCGACGACACGGGGCUUGAACCAGACGUGUGUAUCAUCGAGCUCGGUGGUACCGUUGGGGACAUCGAAUCCGCUCCCUUUGUCGAGGCGCUGAGACAGUUCCAAUUCCGCGUCGGACGCGAGAACUUCUGUUUGAUCCACGUCUCCCUGGUGCCCCUGAUUCACGGUGAGGAAAAGACGAAGCCCACACAGGCGGCGAUCAAGGACCUGCGGUCUCUAGGGCUUGUCCCAGACAUGAUUGCGUGUCGGUGUGCGAGAGUGCUUGAGAAAUCGACGAUCGAAAAGAUUGCCAUGUUCUGCCACGUUGGCCCAGAACAAGUUGUGAAUGUGCACGACGUCAACUCGACGUACCAUGUGCCUUUGCUUCUUCUAGAGCAGAAAAUGAUCGACUACUUGCACGACAGACUGAACUUGACAAGCAUUGAGUUGAGCGAGGAGGACGUCGAGAAAGGUGGCCACUUGUUGAAGAAGUGGAAGGCGACCACUGGCAAUUUCGACUCGUCGAUGGACACAGUCAAGAUUGCGCUUGUUGGGAAGUACACGAACUUGAAGGACUCGUACUUGUCCGUGAUCAAAGCUUUAGAGCACUCCUCGAUGAUGUGCCGUCGCAAGCUCGAGAUCAAAUGGGUCGAGGCGACAGACUUGGAACCGGAGAUGCAAGAGGCCGACAAGGAGAAGUUCCAUUUUGCGUGGAAGGAGGUCACUACCGCGGACGGUAUCCUCGUACCGGGCGGGUUUGGUACGCGUGGUACCGAAGGUAUGAUCCUUGCCGCACGGUGGGCGCGUGAGAAUAAGAUCCCUUACCUGGGUGUGUGUCUCGGUUUGCAGAUCGCGACGAUCGAGUUCACUCGUGAUAUCUUGGACAUUAAGGAUGGGAACUCUACGGAGUUCGUCACGGACCUACCGGACGAACAACAGGUCGUUGUGUACAUGCCUGAGGUCGAUAAAGAGAACAUGGGAGGGACGAUGCGUCUCGGGUUACGCCCCACGUACUUCCAAGAGGGCACCGAAUGGAGCCGUAUAAGAAAAUUGUACGGUAACGCGGACUCCGUUGAGGAGAGACACAGACACCGUUACGAGAUCAACCCUGAGUUUGUCGACCGUCUGGAGUCGCACGGGCUUGUGUUCGUGGGCAAAGACGAGUCCAACAAGCGUUGCGAGAUCCUCGAAUUGCAGAACCACCCGUACUACGUCGCGACGCAGUACCACCCAGAGUACACCUCCAAAGUGCUGGACCCAUCGAAGCCGUUCCUCGGCCUCGUCGCCGCGUCCGCCAACAUCCUGGACGACGUCAUUGCUGGGAAGUACCGCAUUCAAGACGAACACACGGACUUUUGA